AUGGCUGUAGUUCGAGAGCGAUCCGGUAUCCCCGUGCCCGAAGUGUAUGCUUAUGAAGCCAAUCGUAACAACGCCGUAGCGGUCCCGUUUAUGAUCAUGGAGUUCAUGCUGGGGGAUACGGCAAUGGAUUCUUUUGGCGGGUAUGCAGCACACAAGGGCAAGACUCCUCCGCGAUUCAAGGCAAAGUUCCAUACCGCAAUGGCCGAUAUUCAGGUCCAGAUGUCAGCUAUACGCUUUCCGAAGAUUGGCAGUAUUGUUAAAUGCGACGAUGGAACCUAUACUGUCGGACCCUUACCCGGCAUUGGCGGCCCUUUUCACUCGGCAGCACAGUUUCUCGCGGCCUGGGCUGACAAGGCCAGGUUUCCGUAUAGUGAGAAGGUCAUACGUGAAAGAACACCUUCAGAAGUAGUGGAUGAGGUGUUGAGAUCGAUCAAAACAUUUCCGUCACGAGUUAAGGAGCUUGCGCAAGGUUUCCCCUUCCGCGAAGGUCCGUUCCCGCUGUUCCAUACAGAUUUUUAUAACAGCAACAUAAUCAUCGACUCUGAAUAUGAUAUACUCUCGGUAAUAGAUUGGGAAGGCUCGUUUAUUGUUCCUUGGGAGCUGGUAGAAUUUGCAAAAGACCUCAUCAUUGUGCCCUCAGCUAUGGACGGGCCGCUAUACCGUGAAGACGAGGCGCGCCGCCAGCGUUUAGAAGAGCGCAUGAAUUACGUCAAGUUUGCAAGACAGGCAGAAAUAUCACACGGGCUCGAUAACAAAUUGUCUGCAAUACUCGAAGACACGAAUGUCCAGCAUUUCGCACACGCCAUGUGGUUAUACGAGACUGGAAGGAUCGGAUUCUAUGGUGAUGUCUUGGACGAGCUCGUAAAAAGCAGGAAACUUUGUCACUAA